AGACUAACUGUCAUGACACAUUUUGUUAUGCAGUGCAAUGCUGUGAUCAGUUUAAUUAGGCUGGGUUUGGAUUAUGUUGUGUGCCUCAGCAUGCCUGCUUAAUCCUGUGGAAUAUUGAAGCAGCAGAUAACAAAAAAUCCAAUUCUGAAGCACUGACAAAUCUUAACCAACAAACCAAUGGUUUUUGUAAGAUGAAACCUUGGUGUGGUUUCAGGGAAUGAACUUUGUGCAUAACUUACACGGGUCUAUCGUAAGAAAUAAGAGGGGGAGCCACGCUUAAAAUGUGGAUUUUGGAGAAGAAGAAACCCAGUGGACAUAUAUGUGCCAGCUGGAACAGAGGUGUUGUAUCCUGCCUGCCUGAAGUUAGUCUGAUUCUAAUCCUGGAUAACCCUGUGAUACUCUGGAUAUUAUGGCAAAGCUAGUAGAGUGUGUGCCUAACUUCUCGGAGGGCUGUAACAAACAGGUGAUUGAUGCCAUUGCAGAGGCCAUUUCCACGACUGAUGGCUGCAGUCUGCUGGAUGUGGACCCAGGGUCUUCCACUAACCGUACCGUCUACACCUUUGUGGGCUCGCCUGAGGCUGUGGUGGAGGGGGCGCUGAACGCCGCCCGGGCUGCUUUCCCUCUCAUAGACAUGACCAAACACUCAGGAGAGCAUCCGCGGACUGGAGCCAUGGACGUGUGCCCUUUCAUCCCUGUCCAGAACGUCACAAUGGAGGACUGUGUCAACUGUGCCAAUAUCUUUGCCGAGCGGUUAACAGAAGUGCUGCAUGUACCUGUCUACCUGUAUGGAGAAGCUGCAAGAAAAGAAAACAGGACCUCUCUUCCAUCUGUCCGCGCUGGAGAAUAUGAGGCCUUGGCUGAGAAACUGAAGAUGGCAGAGUGGGCCCCUGACUAUGGUCCUGCCACAUUCAGCCCCUCCUGGGGAGCUACAGUCACCGGGGCACGCAAGUUCCUCAUUGCCUACAACGUGAACCUCCUCAGCACCAAGGAACAAGCCCAUCGGAUCGCUCUGGACAUCAGGGAACAGGGACGAGGAAAAGAUCAGCCAGGUCUUCUGAAGAAGGUCCAGGGUAUGGGCUGGUACCUGGAGGAAUCGAACAUAGCCCAGGUGUCCACCAACAUCCUGGAUUAUGAGCUGACACCCGUCCACACUGUGUACGAGGAGAUCUGCAGCAUUUCCAAGGACCUAAAUCUGCCCGUGGUGGGCUCCCAGAUCGUAGGCCUUGUUCCACUAAAAGCCUUGCUCGACUGUGCGGACUUCUACAUCCAGAAAGACAGUCUGUUCAUAGUGGAGGAGGAACACAAAGUCCGGCUGGUCAUCAGUAAACUUGGACUUGAUUCUCUUGGGGCUUUCAACCCUAAGGACAGGAUAAUAGAGUACAUGGUGGACAGUACUCAGGACGACAAGCGUUUGGUGUCUCUGUCGCUUCAGCAGUUCGUACGCAGUGUCGGGGCCAGAACCGCUGCCCCCGGGGGAGGGUCGGUCUCUGCCACUGUCGCUGCCAUGGGGGCUGCCCUGGGAGCCAUGGUGGGCCAGAUGACCUAUGGGAAGAGGCAGUUUGAGGAUCUGGACGGGGUGAUGAGGACACUGAUCCCUCCCUUCCACCAGGCCAUGAAUGAGCUGCUGGUCAUGGUGGACUCUGACUCUACGGCCUUUAAUAGCUACAUGGCAGCGCUCAAAAUGCCAAGAAACACUAAAGAUGAAGUCAAAAGGAGACAGGUUGCUAUGCAAGAGGGUCUCAAGAAAGCUGUCGGGGUCCCCUUGUCACUGGCCCAACAAGUCAACCUUCUGUGGCCUUGUCUGAAAGAAAUGGUUCUCCAUGGAAACGUAGCCUGCAAGUCAGACCUGCAGGUGGCAGCCAAAGCCCUGGAAACAGCUGUUUUUGGAGCCUAUUACAAUGUCACAAUCAACCUCAAAGACAUCCAAGAUGAUUAUUUUAAGACUACUACUCAACAGAAGGCCUCAGCUCUGCUUCUGGAGGCGAGAGAGAGUGCUUCUGCAGUCCUGGAUGCAGCUGACAGGAGAGAAUGAAAUCCAGCCAAACAUUACACUGCCAAUGCCUUCACUGCCAGAAAACGGAUAAGACAUCUGAAAAUGAACUUAAUCAUAUUCGUCUUGGUUCUAGUUUAUGUGGAUAACAAACCUAAGAUUUUAAAAUAUUUGGGGAAGUCCAUGUCAACAAAAUGAAAUUCCAAUAAAAAUCUUUCCCAAACU